UGGGUCAUUUGUCUAGCACUUUUCAACAUGGCGGAGCUGGUUCUCGAUCCAGCAAUCCGUUUAUGGGUUAUUUUACCCAUUGUAGUAAUUACUUUCCUUAUUGGAAUCAUUAGGCAUUAUUUAUCAAUACUUUUGCAAUCCAAGAAAGAUGUAGAUAUUCAAGGAGUCACUGAUACGCAAGCUCUUUUGAGAAGUAGAUGCUUAAGAGAAAAUGGAAAGUUCAUAACCCAGGAGGCUUUUGAAAUGAGGAGGCAUUUCUUUAACGAUGAAAAAGAAGGGUAUUUUAAGAAGACAGAUCGUAAAGGCCAAGUCAAGAACCCUAUUUCAGACCCUACAAUGAUGGUAGAUAUGGCCAAAGGAAAUAUCACCAAUGUCUUGCCAAUGAUUUUAAUUGGUGGGUGGAUUAACUGGCAUUAUUCUGGAUUCAUUACUACAAAGGUCCCCUUCCCAUUGACCAUCAGGUUUAAAGCUAUGCUUCAACGUGGUAUAGAUUUAACUAACCUCAAUGCAUCAUGGGUUAGUUCUGUGUCUUGGUAUUUCAUCAAUGUAUUUGGUCUCCGUAGCAUGUAUGCACUUGUAUUGGGUGAGAACAAUGCUGCUGAUCAGACACGCAUGAUGCAAGAUCAGAUGCAAAUGCAGAUGCCACCAGACCCAAGCAAGGCCUUCAAGGCUGAAUGGGAAGCACUAGAGAUAGUUGAACAUGAGUGGGCUYUAGAAAAUGUUGAAGAAGAACUUAUUGAAGAAUACUCUCCAUCCGAUGUGUUUGAAGUAGCCAAAGAUAAAUAUGUGUAAAAAAAUUUGAGAAAUAAAAUCUGCACCAAAGA